AUGCCGUCUGUGGUGCUGCUGUACAUGCUGGCUGUGCUCUUCCAUGCAGCUAACGCUUUACCGUUAUAUCCCGACGAUGCGCUGGCACCGCAGGAAGAGGUUCUUCGUAAACUUGUAUCAGAAGUGGUCGAGGUACCGGACGAUGACCCCAGUGCACAGAAGGAUAUCAAAUCCAUCUUUCCCCUCGUACUCCAGCAUGAAAGAGACAGAGACUCCUGGAAAGAAGCAAAGGAAACUCCUCGGCAUGAGAAAGCAAACAACAUGGUGGACGACUUAAAGAUGAUGGUAUUGAAAUUAGCAGCAGCGGAUAAUCUGCGCUCUCAAGGCUACGUCCGAUCUAAUCAGAAUUUAGCAAAACCCAACAAGAGAGCCUGUUUCUGGAAGUACUGUGUAACAAAUUAGAAGCGGAUCCAUUUGGAAUUCCAACCCAAUCCAACCAACCCAACUCAACCCAACCAAUCCCAUCCUAACUGUACAUACAGAUGAGAUCAUUAAAUAUCAAUCCAACCUCCCUUUAACAA